AUGAUCGCCCGGUCCGUCGCCCUCGCCGUGACGCUCUGGUGGUACUACCGCACCCUCGUCCUGAGCCGCUCGUGGCAGACGCCACUGGCGCUUGCAUCGGGGCUCGCCGAACUGGGGCUGGCCGCGUUGGGCGGCGGAGUCGGCGGCGCUAUUCGCGAGGCCCGCGCGGUCGCGGCCGACCUGGCGCGACCGUGGGCCGUCGCAGCCGACCCGACCAUCACGUCUGGCCGGCAGCUGUACGAGCGGCUCCUCCUCUCCCUCUCGUGCGCGACCUCCUACACGUACGCCUACGGACCGCUCUCCGGCGUGGUGCAGUUCGCCCUCUUCGCGCCGUGCGAGGCGCUCGCCGCGAUCGGCCGCGGCCCGUCGCUGCUCGACCCUUUUCGCGCCGCGACGCUGCUCUGCGCGUGGCUGCUCUUUCACCUCGGCGAGCAGCGCCCUCUCGCCCGCGCCUCUGCCCCCCCCGCCACACCGCUCACCCUCUCCACCUGCCACCAGCUCGCCAUCUCCGCGCUGCUGCACCGCUACUUCUCCCACCGCUCCUUCGACGCGCCUCGGCUCGUCUCGCUCGCCCUCGGCGUCUGCGCGUGCGGCGCCUCGCAGCGCGGGCCGCUGUGGCACCACCGCUUCUGCGACGAGUGCGACGCGCCGACCGACGCCUCGCACCCCGACAAGAGGCGUUCUGACGCGGACCGCGACCCGCACUCGCCGGUGGCGGACGGAUGGCUGCACGCGCACCUGCUGUGGAUGACGCAGCGGCGCAACUUUGCGACGCGGCCCGAGUACGUGUCCGACUGGCUCCGCGCGGCGCCCGAGCUGCUGUUUGUGGACCUGUGCUUCAUGGACGUGCUCGGCCUCAUCGAAGGCGGCUGGACGGCGCUGCUUGGGGCGGUCGAGGGGCGGAGCUACCGGUGGGCCACCGCCGCCAUGCUGCUCAAGCACGGCCGCACGCUCGGCCGCGCGACGGCGUGGCACGCCACCUUCGCAGUCAACAGCCUCUGCCACCACGCGAGCGCGGUCGAGUCCACUUGCGGCAGCCGCAACAUCAGCCUCCUCUCGCUCGCCUCCUGCGGCGACUCGUACCACGACAACCACCACCGCAGGAGCGGGGCCGCGAGGCACGCGCCGCCAGAGGGGCUCGACCUGGCAUUCGCCGCCAUGUGCGCCGCGCAGCGGAUCGGCCUGAUCCACAAAGUGCGCGAGAAGUCUCAGACUUUGAGCGGCCACGAGGCGAUUGCUGGCGCGAAGAUUGACCAGCCAGAGGAUAUCGCGGACCGCUUCCCCGCCAACGGCACUAUUCCCAAGGUCGAGCUCGCGGUCGACUCGGGGCUCAUGCUGGCCCAGCAGACUGGAGAGGCGGCCGUCGCUGGUGCGAGCUGGGCCGCCUCCGCCUCCGCCGCGAGCCUCACCGAGCAGACCAACGGCUGGCGGCUGCCGCGCUCGGAUGAUCCAUCCACCGACUCACGCUCCAUCAUCGCCACCGAGGGAGAUGGGUGGAUGGCGCGGGGCCAGGACCUCGAGGUGGCACCGGAGAAGUGCACUGGUGGCCGGGUUUGGAAGGAGUGCGGCUCGAAGUGCACGCGCACUUGCGAGUCACCGCCGAUCAUGCCGUGCGUGAUGCUGUGCGUGGCUCGCUGCGAGUGCCCGGCUGGCGCGCCGAUUUGGCACAACGGUGCCUCAUGCAUUUCGGCGGAGCAGUGCUAG